AAUGGCUGAAGCAGAUGUUCUGUUUGAAUCAGAUGGCGUGUCGAGUGGAGAUGAGAAUCAUUUGAUUACAGUGACGAAUGCAAAAGGAAAUAAGAGAAGUGGCGGCAAUAUACCAAUAGGUGUAGUUUGCCGUAACUUUAAAGAAGAAGAAGAACUUCCGGUUCUCCUUGCUUGAUUUCUUCACUAAAAAGCCGGAGUGUGGUCUUAGGAAAGAGUUAAGCCAACUAUCUAGCUAACGUUACGGUACACGUGAAGACUACCUAAUAUGGGUCGCCGCAAGUCCAAGAGAAAGCCCCCCCCAAAGAAGAAGCUUACUGGAAAUUUGGACACUCAAUUCACCUGUCCGUUCUGCAAUCACGAAAAGUCAUGUGAUGUGAAAAUGGAAAGGACCAGAAAUACUGGGAUAAUAUCAUGCACAGUUUGCCUGGAGGAGUUCCAAACCCCCAUUACCUAUCUGUCAGAGCCUGUGGAUGUGUACAGUGAUUGGAUAGACGCUUGUGAAGCAGCCAAUCAGUAGCCCAGGCUCACCGGGGCGGAAGACCUCACGUUGGAACAGGAAGCUGAUUUAGAGGUGGCGCUCGUCUGUUUCUCACCAAUCACUGCCAGUCUUCAGCUCAAGAUGAUGGUCCCGUUCCAGGCCGACUACAUUGCAGACGUCGCAUUGCAUCAACCAAUAGUUGCCACGUCAUCAACUGCUGUUGGGCAUCAUAUUGCUGUUUCAUGUGGUUAGCUGAUAUGUGAACCAACUAUCCAGACGUUGUGAGAUCUGGCAGAUGCCUACAAUGUAGUCAGCCUGGUAAGCAACCUCUGACCUUUACCUCACCGCACAUCUCCCACACUAGUGACCUGGCGUCCACCGAGACUGUCUUGAGUAGCCAUAGUUCAGUCCAGAGCCCUAUAUAGGUUACGCCCCAAAUGGCACCCCAUUCCCUAUGUAGGGCACUACUUUUGACCUGCUCCCAUAGGGCUCGGGUGGAAAAUAGUGCACAAUAUAGGGAAUAGGGUUCCAUGUGGGAUGUGACCUUAGAGGUAUAUAUGACUCUGGUUAAGUCAACCUAUUCCCCUACUCACCGUUUUAAUUCAUACAGACUUCAUUUUAGCGGUCAGUUGUCAUGGCUCCUAGCUUACUGGUAGGAUUAUACAGUUAGUUGCAGCUCUUGGGUUAGUUUCUGUUUUACCACAAUUAGUUUUUACUCUCCCCUGUGUACAGAGAUACACAAUACCACAGAGUACAGCAAUACCAUAGUGUUGGGUCAUUCCAUUGGGGUAUAUUUGGUGUAACUCUGAGUGUGUUUAUGCAGAGUAACCUAGUGGGGUGUUCCAGAAAGUAGGAUUGUAAAGUUAGCCAGCUAACUUUGAUAUGCAGUUAAAUAUAUCUUUAUUUUAUAUUUAGAAAGCUAAACUUGAAUAUGGGUUGUUGUUGGUUGUCAAGUCAAUUAUACCAUGACGAUUUCAAGUUGGAUUUUGUUGGGACUGUUAGCUGGCUACGUCAUUGAUCCUGCUUUCUGGAACAGUCUAAACUCUCAAGUGGUUUAUGAAAUAUUUUCUAAGAAUAUCCCAGGUCCUUUUUCUUAAUGUCAAAAUGGUUACGGUAUCUCCCUGAAGACAUGUUGCACCAUUCCUUUGUUAGAGAAAAUGUACUAAAAGCGAGAGGUAGGAUGGUACAUAAACAGUAGGUCCAAAUUAUUAUUGAUUUGAUUAUUUUAGUUUUUCAAAUGAUAAGAAAAUUGCCAAUGAUUUGCAAUUGGUUGCCCGUUGUAAUAUUGUAAUGAUUUUUAUUUUCAAUGUGACAAAUUAAAAAGUGUUGUAUUUUGACAUCCACAA